GGUGCUGGGGCUCACGCUGCUUGCGGCUGGGGUCGCGGGCUGCGGCCGUCGGGUGCGCUCGGACUCGCUGUCGAGGGAACCGGACCGUCGUGGCGCCGCGUGGCCGCAGAUCGCCUCGGAUGGUGGCCUGCGUCUGACAGUCCCAUCAGCUCUUCUCAGCUCUUCUGAGGCCGCAGUGGUCAGCUCCCCGCUCAGCACUUGCCUGGAGCACCCCUUCGCAACCGUCUAUCCCGUUGUGUCUGCGCGCCGCUUCUGCCCACCCUCUGGGCGCCGUCCCUCCCUCCUCUCCCCCUUCUUUCUCUAGUUGACGUGGCAGCUCCCGUCUGCUCCCAGCAUGCCUCGUGGCCGGCGCCAGGGCCCUCGCAAUCCCAUCCGGGCGGCAGCCAACUACGCCAAUGCACACCCCUGGCAGGAGGACGGGGCCACUCCUGGGGUUGCGUACACCCCCCUAGUGGAUCCCUGGAUUGAGCGGCCCUGCUGUGGGGACCCUGUGUGUGUGCGCACGACCAUGGAGCAGAAGAGCUCAGCGAGUGGUGCUGUGGGCUGUAAGCCCGCGGAGAGGGGCCCCCCAGCAAUGCGCAUGGGCCUGCGGCCCCUCAAGGUGGACUUCCACUGGGUGCCCGGCUCAGACCCAGGCACCUUCGAUGGCUCCCCUUGGCUGCUGGACCGCUUUCUGGCCCAGCUGGGCGAUUACAUGUCCUUCCGCUUUGAGCACUACCGGGACAACCUCAGCCGCGUCUGCGAGAUCCUCGGGCGCCUGACGGGCCGAGCCCGGGCGUGGGCAGCCCCCUACCUCGAUGGGGACCUGCCCCUGCCUGACAACUAUGAGCUUUUUUGCCAGGAUCUUGAGGAAGUUAUUCAAAACCCAAACAACUUUGCUGAGUACCACGCUGCAGGGCCCUGUUCUUUGCCUCUGGCCUCGAGCCAGCCACCAGUGGCCCCACAGCUGCCUGUGGUGAGACAGUACUUAGCUAGGUUCUCAGAGGCCUUGGCCCUCAACAUGGGCACUCCCCCCAGGUCUGUCCCCGCUGCUCUGGCCACCCCCACUGUUUCUAGUUCCAAUUCCACAUCUAGAAAUGCUCUACCUGAGCAGCUACUAGCCAUGGAGAGCAGCUCUGGGCCUGUGGAACCUUCUGCCUUGUCCAACUCUGCAGGCAGCGCUGGUCCUGGUCCCAUGGGGCCAUCUUCCCAGCCAGGGGAGGCGGCCCCCAAACCUGUCCUUGCAGUUGCAGAAUCUGCUGAACCCCCUGCCCAGAAACCAGGUCCCACUAACCCAGGGGGUCCAGGACCCCAGAAAACAAAGGAGGAGGUUUCUGAGACAGAGGCAGGCCAGGAGGCAUCCUUAGGUACCCCACAGGGGGCAGUGGACACCCCAGCCACCCCAGGAGAGCCACCAUUCUGUCCCACGCCCCAACCCACAGCACUGGAUUCCGAACACGGCCUGGGCAGCCUCUGCUCCCUGUGUCCCCUAUCCUCUGGACUGGAAGUUAAGGAAGGCUGCAUGGAGGAAGCAGCUGCUCUCACUAUUCAGUUCGGUGCUAUUAAACGUGGGUUGGAUCCAUGGCUGAGUGAGUCCUUGUCCAUCAGUGCGAGCAGAGUCUGGGCCCAGCUGCGAGCACCCGGUCAGCGUUGCAGGUGUGGUUCAUGGCAGGGGCUUGGAUCCUUGCAGGGUCUGGCUGAAUGGGUGGGAGUGGGAGGCUUGGUGGGAGGGGUGUGGCCUUGAGAACUAUCUUCGAGGCCAGCGGUGAAGUGAGCAGGCAGCAGGCCAGGGCUGUGAGUCCCCAGGGCCGAGGGUGGAGUGAAGGAGUACCCGCUCUGCACAGGGAGGGUUUUCUAGUAACAGAGCUGACUGGGAGGCUUCUCCAGCCCAGGUCAGCACAGGACAGGCACAGUGCAUCUGCUCCGAGGGACAGAUAGGCAAACAUUUCAGGCCCCUGUGGGUCCUAUAAUUGGGAAAACAAAACACCUUCCUGGAGAAUAGGAAAGAAAAAGAAGUGGAAAUAUAACUGCAAUCAGAAAGUCAUUUUCGGAAGGAAAGUAAUAAGCAAAUGGUAAAUUUUAAGUAAAAUAGACAUUGUUGGGAUUACUUCAUUAGUAAUUUGCUUGAAAAUGUUCUGGGUUCAGGUGGUUUUAUUUCUGAGUUAUUUUACGGCACAGACACCUCAUAAGUAAAACAGCUGCGAGUCUUAGAAGUAGGUGGGAAGCUGAUGUAGCCCCAAAGCGAAACAAGCAAGCUGAUAAGAAAUCAGUGUGCACCCUUGAUUCUGAUCCAGUGGAGGAAUUUGGAUGUUCCAGCCCAGCCUGGUCACACUGCUGCCCCCAUGCUAUUGCUCAGGCCCGGGCCCUCCUCCUGCAGGCUGUCCUGGUCAGCUGUGGCCUGGCCCACCUAUGGGUCUGGUGUCGUUAGCAACAUUGGGGCCCCAGAGCUGCCCUCUGGGGGGGGGGUGGCCCAGUCAGCAGCCCUCUGCACAGGCUGCCUCUCCCAUCUCCAGUUAGUGGACCUGGAGUGAGUUCCCUCAGCCCAAGAUUUCCAUCUUCCCUUUUGACCCCCGGUCUCACUAGGGGCCUUUUCCCCCUCGGGCCCCAGACGGCUCCUGCAGGCUCGGGUUAUGGUCCAGCAUACCUCUCAUGAGGGUCAUCUGCAACGGCAGGCCCGGGGGCUUUGGGGAGAGACUGGACAGAUGACCUGUGGAAAAUGGGUUCUGUUGGUGUGCCCUGGCCAUGAAGAAAAGGACGGGAGGGCAGGCCUCAGUUGUGAGGGCAAGGUCACCCAUUCCUGGGGUUGGGAGAGGGUGGGAGGGCGCUGGCCUUCCAGACUGGCAGCGCCUAUGGUUCCGCAAAGUGACUGCCCCAUAUUUAGCUGGCACUGUGCCCUGCCUUUGGGCAGAUGUGAUGACCCAGCUGCUCUCCUCUGGGGGGGAGAAGGAACACAGAGGGCCAGGAGAGGGGGCUCUGCUGUGCGUGGCAGGAGAAGGGCCCUUGGGUCAUGGCCAUUCCUGGCUCUGCACACGUAGGCAGCCCACCCAGAGGAGGGUGCUCUGGGCCUGGCAGGGUUGCUGGAUGUGCUCAGGGUGGGCUGUGCUGGGGCGUGCAUUCCAGACCAUUGUGUCUGUCCGUUGCUUCCCUUGGAAAUACCCGGAGGUCUCAUUUUCUAAAGCUGGGACACGGUGGGCACUGUGGGAGGGUUUGUAAAGCGCCCGUGUCCAAGAAAACUUCUAACACCGGAAGUGUUGAGGAUGAGGUACUGUGAGAUACAGAACAUUUUUUAAAGCUGCAGGAACGAAAGGACGUGGAAAUUGGUAUGGAAGGAUGAGCAGAGAACUUGUAAAUAAAGCCGAAUAAAUACAGGGGUUUAGUUCACGCUGGCAGGGCUGUUUCCAAUUAAUGGGGGUAAAGUGGAUCAUUCAGUGAGAGGACUUGGAGCAGCUGGUCAGUUGUCUGGAAAACAGUGAAACUCACUGUGUGCCAGCCGUGCUUCAGGUGGAUUAAAGAUUUAACGGUAAAAAGUCACAAAAGCACCAUGGGGAGGUACGGGCAGAUUUUCUGCUGUGAUUCCAGACAUUCUAGGUGCCAGGAACCGCAGGAGGCCUCUGGGCGCGCUGAACCCUGGCCCGCGUGCAGGUGGCGGCUGCUUGCUCCAUGGUCUCGGCUGAACCAUGAGCCAUUGGAAUCACCGGUCCUCAAGGGGGCGGGGUAGGGCUGAGUGCCCAGUGGGGGUCACCGCCUUGUUAACAGCCUGGAGGUCCGGCAGCGAGGAGUGCGGUCACCAGGCUGCUGGCGCUGUGUUGGUCAGGGCGGGCCGACUGUGCUGCAGGAACAGAACCUCCACAUCGUGGCCACCCCAUCCAUUGUGGUCCCUCGGGUCGUGCCGACAGGGCUCCACUGGCUACAUUUCUCCAUGACCGCAGAGACUGGGGAAGGACCGCUGUGAACCACUAGUGGUGCGCAUCACUCCCCUCCGUUCACCUGGCCUGAGGGAGCUGCUGCGCCCUCCCGCGAAGUGGGUGGGGCCCUCAGCGCCAAGCCACGGGACACAGCUGUGCAGCCAUGAGGGGGGGCCACAUGGGCUGUGGGGAGAGAUGCCCGUGCGCACCUGCUCAGGCUGCGUGGCCUAAGCGACAGGAGGUGCUUCCUCCCGGUCCUGGAGCCUGGGCAUCCGAGAUCCAGGUGUUGGCAGGGUUGGCUGCUCCCAAGACCCCUCACCUCGCUGUGUGUCCCCUGACGGUCUCCCUCAGUGUGUCUGUGUCCUCGCCCCCUUAUGAGGACACCGGUCCUAUUGGAUCAGGGCCCACCAUAUGACCGCAUUGAAGCUUAAUCCCCUCUUUGAAGCCUCUGGACACAACCACGUCUGAGGUGCUGGGAGUGGAGCUUCAACAUGGGAACUUGGGGGAGACAGCUGGGCCAUCAGAACACCCGACAUGGGUUUGUUUCCCAUCUUUGCAGUCUUGGGCAGUGCUGUCGUGAGCAUCCUUCUGACAUCGCCCCUGUGUGCAGAGCUGCUCCAGCCCCGAGCAGGAUGUGCCCAGCUCUGUAUCUGGGACCCCUACAGAGGGUGCGAAGAUGUUACUCUAUAUUCCCAAGUUUAAACAUUCUUCCUUUCACGUGACUCUGGAAUCUCCUGGCCUGCAGGGCGCCCUUGACAGCCCGUUCCUUCUCCCCGGGUGCCCUGUCUCCCCGUUGGCGGGGCCGUAAGAAGGUGAAGAGGGACGUCCCUGGCUGCUUUCCACCUGUGUCUGAGCAGUGCCGGCCUGGGCCAGCGGUCGGGAGUGAGCCCACGCCCUUACACCUGCCUGUGCGGGUGGCAGAAGUGCAGCCACGGUGCAGGGACACCUGCUGGCCGCUGGGAGUGCCACAUCGGCCCCCGAGAGGCCUCAAGUGAUAGCGCCCUUCACCACCACCAUGCUUAGGGGCCCCUCUCCAAGAGGGACUGGGUUCACGGGAACUUCCUGGGCACCAGCCUGUGGGCAUCAGCCCCAUCCCAGGCCCUGGGGAGGGCCAUCUGGGCACUGAUGUCAGCCCUGGGGAACUGGCCCCUGUGGACCAUCCCUCCUGGCGGUAGUCGGCCCCAGAGGCCGGUGCUGGUGCCUGGGAAUGGUCCCACUUCCUGUAAAACAUGGAGCUUUUCUGUGCAUUCACCGGGAACAACCAGGGCGGCAACCCAUUGCUAGCCGGUCCCACCCUGGCCCCUAAGUGCCAGGCAGGCCGGCUGAGAACACCCAAGUGGCCUUCCUUCCUGCCAUCUCCAGCUCCUGGACCAGUGGCUCCUCACCCUGGCAUUUCCUCCUGGCCCGGCAAUGAUGGCCUGUCCCCCCAUCCCAAGGAGUCCAGUUGGUGCCUCCAAGCCCUCAGCUGUAGGAAGCCUUUCAUACCUUGUGUUGGUCAGGCCGCAGAGGUGCUUAGGGGAGAACGGGCUGUGCUCACCUCUGCCCAGGCACCCAUCAUAUCACGUGGACCUUGACCCCAGCGGGGGAGCCUGGUCCUCCGUGGCCAUCUUCCCCAAACACGGGGCAAGUUGGAAAGGACACUCCCAAGGGGCUUCACACGAAUUGCUGGCAGCUGCCCAAGGGCCUGGGAUGCUGCCCCAGGGAUGUGAGGUCAGCGCUGCUGCUGCCUGAGCAGUGGAUCCUGCCAGAGGGAGCAGCGUCCCUCCCAGGCUUUGCAGGAGCAGGUGACUUGCUUCUCUUGGAUUGAACAAGAGGCUCAGGCCCAGGACGGGUGGGUGGCUGUCCUCCCCGGGUCUCAGGAGCACAGCACUCAGCUCCACUUCUGAAACUCAUGUCCACAGCCAUCCCCGAGUUUGCUUGUGGGCCCUCUGGCUCACAGGGAGGUGCCCUGCGCACAGGGGGCGGGGUGGGUAGGCUGUAGUCGGGACUCGGGGGGCUCCUGCCGGCUGGGCUCAGGAGUCUUCCCCGUGCACGUGCAGAACAGCCAGCACGGGCCUGCCAGCCUCAGGCCGUGCACAACCGGGCGCAACUGAGGCCACCACCUGGGCUUCUGGGCGACGCUGUGCCAGAGGCGGGCAGGCCCAGGGAAGGGCUAUGAGGGUGUUCCUAGUCUCCCCCCACCCCCACACACACGGACACGUCAGGCCCCGGGAGGCAGGCAUGGCUGGGUUGGGGGAAGGCAGUGUAGGGAUGGUGCCCGGUUCCCGCCUCCCCAAUGGGCUCUGAGGCCCGCUAAGCACGGGGCCGCUUGUGGCACCGUCCUCCUCCCCACCCCCUCCCCGGGCCAGGGAGCUGCCUCCCCGGAACCCCUCUCCAGGAUCCGCAUCUUUGAAGCCAUGGAUACUGACAGAGGAUUCAGUGAAUCCAAGGUCGCCAGCCGGGCGUUGACAGAUGCCCGGCCACGAUACUAUUUCUGAUUUAAUAACCGAAUGGGAGGCUGGCCCUUGGUAAUAAUUAGGGCUAAUUACUGAGGAGGUGUUGACAGAAAGGCUGAGAGGAAACAAACUACCUUUAUCCCGGGGCUUAGAGUCAGAUUACACUGUGCUAUCUGCCUCUCAGAAAGGAGACGCUUCAAUCACUCACCAGAGGCUUCAAAGGGGAAGGGGCCCUGGCCGUGCACGGGCUCAGGAGGGCUAUGAAGCAUGCCUUUGACUCCGAAUGGCCACGCAGAGCCCGCUCCAGAGAUGGUUUCUUUGUGAAGUUUGAGUUCCCUGGGCAAACCUGCCGCUGCACCCAGGCCUGGGCGGGGCUCUGCAGGCACGGGCGGGAGGUGGGGGCCAGGGCUUGUGCUGAGGCCAGGUCCUCCCUGGGCUGGGCCCAUGCGUGGCAGUCUGCAGGAAGGCAGGGCAGCUGGUGCGUUUUCCUUGGCCCAGGGAACGAGCUGCAGGGAACAGAGUAGGGCUGUCACCCAGCAGGCUGUCCCCUGUCUCACCUGGACCCCUGAACCGCAGCUUCUCUACAGCAUUGUGGGCCAGUCCGGCCUCCUCGGAGGGGGCUGUGUCCUUGGCCUUACUAUUGGGGGACCACUUCUGGGGGCCUGGGUGUCACUCACUGGGCUGCCCUCACCCAGUGAGCCAGCACCGUGGACAGGAUGCUGACCCACAGGGACCUCGAUGACAAGAGGCUAACUACCUAGAGGGUUGUCCUGUGUCGUGGGCUUGUUGCUGACGCGCUGUGUGCCAACUCCCCUGGACCUCCCUGCAUUUCAGAGAUGGGGGAGGGGUGGUGGUCAGACCUCCAUGUCCUGUGAAGCAGGAGGCUUCCCAGUGAUCUGGCCUGGACCGCCCUGGGGCCGCCACGUCUGUAACGUGACUUCCAGGGGCCAGUUCUGAGAUUUGGGCCUUGCUGUGGUCUGAGCUGAUCAGGAAGGUGGAGGGCGACGGGGCCUACUCAGGAUGGCCUGUCCAGGUGUGGCCUGGGAGGUGCAGAGGGACUGGGUCUCGGUUCCUCCUGGCCUGGAGAACCGGCCAGCUCAGUUUUCCUGCUAGAAUGGCCGUGCCGCAUGAGAGAGAGGGGACUGCUGGGUCAGCAUCUCCCUUCCCUGGUGCUACUCUGCUUUGGGAGUAACAAUAAGCAUGAAGAUGAUAAAAGUUACCAGUAAAUUGCUUAGCUGAGUACUGACUACCUUGUGUUGCGGGCGCUAUUGAUGGAUUUAAGUCUAUUUAUAUUAGGGCAAAAAUAGGAUGGGAAAUCACUUUAAAUAGGAGAAGCACUUAAAAAUUGGCAUUAAAUCUGUUUAAAGUCACCUUAACUGGAAUGAGAAAUUGGAUCUAAAGCCAGAAAAAUCUAGGCAGGAAACUGGGUUUUCAUAAUACCUUAGUGGUAAAUCAAAUACCAUUAACUGUAGGUCAAGAAAAAAUAGCCCCCAAAUAUUGUUCAAUAUAUGUUAUUUGAAAAAUAGCCUCCUCGAAAAUGGCCAGGAGGGCGGCGGCCCAGUGGUUGCCCUGUGCCUGGAAGGUGCUGGUGCCCUCCCCUUGCGACUGUUGUGCGUGGGGAUGGCAUGGUCGUCCGUGAUGAACAGCCUCGAGCACUGCGAUCCACCCAAGUCUGGAGCUUAUUCCGAUUUCCUUAGUUUUCCUC